CUUGAACGAAGAUCAAAUCUUUGACAUUGCGAGAGCUGGGAGGGCGAGAAAAAGUGUCCGGAGAUGGCGACGAUGGCUAACGGUUGCUUCUACCCAGUGCUCCCAUCUCGCUCGAGACCGAUGGAACAGAAGGCGUUGCUCCGUCGGAAGCCUGUCGGGUCUCUGAAGCCUCGCAGAAGGCAUUCCAAAAGGAACGCGAUCUAUUGUACGAUCUCCGAGAGCGGAACUGUCGAAGAGAACCGCCCUGGAGCCGGACAGAGCGGUCCCAAGCGCAAGGUGGAGGACUACAAUACCGCUAUGAAGAGGAUGAUGAGGAACCCGUACGAGUACCACCACGACCUCGGCAUGAACUAUACUAUCAUAACUGAUAGUUUAAUUGUGGGCUCCCAACCUCAGAAGCCUGAAGAUAUUGAUCACCUGAAAGCAGAGGAGAAUGUAGCCUACAUACUGUGCUUGCAGCAGGACAAAGAUAUCGAGUAUUGGGGGAUUGAUUUCCAGUCUAUAGUCAAGAGGUGCAAAGAACUUGGUAUUCUUCACAUGAGAAGGCCGGCAAAGGACUUUGAUCCAGAUUCACUGCGAAGUCAACUGCCAAAAGCAGUGUCUUCAUUAGAGUGGGCUAUAUCAGAAGGAAAAGGAAAAGUUUAUAUCCACUGUACUGCUGGACUGGGGAGAGCACCUGCGGUUGCAAUUGCUUAUAUGUUUUGGUUCUGUGACAUGGAUCUAAAUACUGCCUACAAUACAUUUACUUCAAAAAGACCCUGUGGUCCUAAUAAGAGAGCUAUUCGAGGGGCUACCUAUGAUCUGGCAAAGAAUGAUCCAUGGAAAGAGCCUUUUGAGAGCCUACCUGAAUAUGCUUUUGGGGGUAUUGCUGAUUGGGAAAGGAAGCUGAUUCAGGAACGAGUUCGUGGAAUGCGUGGAGCUUGAAAACAGAAUGACUUUUAUGAAACAGGAACAGAAAGAUAGUGCAAGAUUGCAAUUUUAAAAGCUGGAGCCCAUUCAAAGCAUCCAUACAGGACCGUACGGUAGAUUAGAUCAUAAUAAUUAUGAAAAUAAGGAAUCCCCUCAUCUUUUCAUUCUUUUGUUUGUAUGGAAGUUUUGGGGACUUACCCCCAUUAAACCACCUUCUAUGUCAAGCAAAUGGCUGGCACAGGGCCUGUGACGGAACCUGGGAUUUAGAUGGUAUGUUCUGAUGAUGAAGGGAUGUUCUGCUAGUUUAAGAGAGAGAUGAAUGUUCAAGCCUUGUCCUUCCAUAUAUGUAAGACAUAGAACCUUCCGUCAUUCUAAUUUGCUGCCAUAUUUUGAACAGUUAUCUUCAUCACAUCAAAGUUAAACUUCCUAAUCUUAUAUAUUGAAGAUACCAUUA